AUGCGCAGGCUGCAGAAGUUUAUUGAGGUCUCAAGGCGCCCUCGAAGCCAGGACGCCGAGCGACGGCGCUGGCCCCGCCGGCGACUUGACGCUGACUCAGCAGGCACAGAGCCAACAAGCCCUCGCAAGGCCCGCCUUUGCCGCUGGCAGCCGAAAAUAGCCACCAUGUUCAGUGAGCUGGCUGGGCCGACACAGUCAGCGCACGUGCGCUGCCUCAGGGGUGAAAGCUCAAUGGCUGGGCGUGUUCAUGGGAGUUCUGUGGCAAUUUUCGUCGUGGGCGGCAUCACGCUGCCCGAGAUCCGCGCGGCGCACGAGGCAACAGCAGCCAUCCCUGGACUACAGGCCUACAUAGGAGGAAGUUGCCUACUGACCCCGACUUCUUUGCUGGAAGCCUGUGAGGCUUUCUGA